AUGGUGUCGAGAUUCUUCCAACUCGUCUUGUUGGCAGGGAUGAUCUUACUCAUCCCAUCGUUUCUGUACCUUUCGCAUCCGUCUCAGCCAACACUGACGGAUCCAGCAACAGGGCUCGCCUACACGACUGAUUCGAUCGUCCACGGUGAAACGACCAACGAUCUUGCACAGAUAUCACAGGGCAAAGGAGUCGAACAGUCGGAUUGGACCGCAUGGAAUUGGCAUGAUGCUUCUGCUAAUGUCAACAAAGGUGUACACAAGGUCGAAGAUCAAGUGAAAGGUUUCAUCGAUCAUUGGCGUCCCAAUGGCGUCUCACCAGACAACCAAGUCGCACCCUCGGAAUCAGCAGCUCAACUUAAAACCAAACCAUCGUCUUCGCACCCAUCGACCACAACAAGUAGCACCAAAGAUGUCGAGCGUCUACCUGGCAUCAUUAUGCCCAAAAUGGGCAACACCACUGCCAAAGAAGCACUCGGACGUUCCACAUGGCACUUUCUUCAUACCAUGACAUUACGUUUUCCCGAAAAGCCGACAAAGCAGGAAUCGGAAACGCUUCGAAGCUUCUUCUAUACGUUUGCGCAGCUGUAUCCGUGCGGGGAGUGUGCGCGCCACUUUCAGCAACUCAUUCGCGAGCUUCCGCCCCAAGUGGGCUCGAGGAAAGGCGCAAGUAACUGGCUGUGUGUUGUGCACAACGAGGUGAACAAGAGUCUGGGCAAACCCGAGUUUGCGUGCGAUAAGCUCGACGAGAGCUACGAUUGUGGUUGUCGAGACGACCCAACCAAGCUCAAGAGUGCCACAGUCACACAAACAUCCAAGCUGCUCGCAGCGACGCCAACCACGACCUCGCAAGUGUUGACGCCCAUCGCAUAG